AUGCUGGCAGCUGUUGAAGUGGUGAUGGUGGUUGAUGAUGAUGAUGAAGCUGAUGAUGAUGACGAUCCUGAUUAUCCUGAUGAUGAUGAUGAUGAUGAUGAGGAGGAGGAGGAGGAGGAGGAGGAGGAGGAGGAGGAGGAGGAGGAAGGGGAUGGAGGUGGUGGUGGUAGUGGUGGUGGUAGUGGAGACGAUGGUAGAGUGGUUUCUGGUGGUGUUGGUUGUUGGGGCGUUUUUGAGAUUGUGCGAUAUUAUUUUGGUAUAUGGACAUUGGGGUGAACCUAGCUGUCGUGCAUGCAAGGGCGUAAUGUUCAGCUAUUGAUGAAGUCUUUCCAACACUGUUCUUUAGUGUUGCCUCUGCGAAUUCCGUCAGAAUAUUCUUGGUUCAUGUGAAACACGUUAUUAGAGCAAUUAUUUGUAGUUAUGUAGCCCCACCUUAAGUAAGCUAACCCCAACCACGUCUUUUACGGCAUCGGUGGUAAUAGGGCUUUUUGUAGGUGGCGCCGAAUAAGGCACAGAUGAGGAGGUCAAGUAGUAGUAUUCAAAAGGAAAUCUUUUGGGAAUGCGCCGUAGUAAUUUGAGAGGAUGAAAAAUAGUCGCCCUAACACUUAAUCCUAAUCGUAAACCUUAACCAGAAUCACUAACUCCUAACCCUAACCCACAACCCCUAUCCUUACCCCCUAAGCAUAACCGCUAACACCAUACCCAGCAGUACUGUGUUCAUCAGGUGAGGCUGAAUAACCACAUCCUACCCAGGACACUACGUGGAAGUACACGUUAUUCAUGCCUCCUAGGAUUUCUGAUCAAGGAAGUGGCUGAUAUGAAGAUAAUGUCCGUGUUGUCGAAACUGUCAAUCACCAGCCACGUACAAUAAGUGGCAUGAUCGUCAGCUUCCGAGACUGUCUUCAAACUCAUCACCAACUGUUUAGGAAAUUCAUCAUAACUUCUUAUUCUCAAGUUCGGACAUUGAAGAAUGCUUCCUUCAUCGAUAGCAAAUUGCCAUCAAAGAUUAAAUUAAUGUUAGUUUGCAAAUAAGCUGGUAGUGGUAGAGAAGCGCUCAGCGAUAGAUCUUACGGAAUUCACUCGUUCGGUUGUGCCUUACGGGCUCUUGCUCUCUCUCUCUCUCUCUGUCGAGCCCUACCAGCAGCCGCACAGCGACGCAUGAUGUAGACAGAAUGUUAUUACCGACAAAGACAAGGGAGCCUGGAAUGGCCAUUUCUGGCUUCUUAGUCGUAGUCAACCAGUCAUGCCCAACACCGCAGUGUCGAAGACCUGGAGCUCGAAAUCGCGACUCCUCAGCUCAGUGAUAAGAGACAUUGGAAUUCUAACUAACAGGUCGCGAGAUUGAGCCUCAGGUGUUUCAGACUUCGGGAUUGGGUAUGGCUGGCUGACGACGGCUAAUUAGCCAGAAAUGGCCAUUCCAGUCUCCCUUGUCUUUGUCGGCAAUAACACUCUGACUACGCUGGUAAUAUUGAUUGGAUUGCGGAUGGCAGUCUCUCGAAUUUCUAUCCCGUCGGCACAGACAGUACUUCACUGGCUAAUUCUGCUAGAUUUACAAUACCAAACAAUGUAAGACUGGUGGACAUCAUAAGGGAGAAGCAUUACUGAGGAAGUUGUAAUGGGAUGACCAAAUGCUCAGAAAUAUGAAUGCUUAGUUUUGACAGCAGGGCAAUGCUGCCAGUCAGCGCGAAGUCGACUUGCCGCUUGACUGGGAUACAACCAGCGUCCCAGUCUCCCAUCGACCUUCCUAUUUAAACCACUCAAUUCGAAAAAUCGGAGAGAAGUCAUGGUUAAACCCGUGACCCCUUUCUUUAAGUGUGGGCGGCAAUUUGCGACGAUUGUGUUUGUGUAAUCGCGAUCCCAAUUUCCUUACUGCCAGACCUCUGCAGCCUCAUAUCUUCCCACUGAUUCAGGCCAUUUUCAGGAAUGUCAACUGGAGACCCGCUACAGUGAGGCUUAAAAUUGAGCUAAAAUGGUGAUGGUGGUGUUGGUGGUUGUGGUGGUGCAUCAACAGCAGUAAUAUUAUCGAGCUUAGGAAGAGGGGAAAAUGAGGAUAAUGACCCCUUUCAUGUGGUCUUCAAUGUGGCCAGAGGGCCAUGCUUUUUAAUUUUGAUAAAAGUACAUGUGCUUUUCUUUGGAUGACCAUAAGGAUUACGAUGACAGCGGUGGUUAUGAUGAUAACGAGGAAGAAAAUGAAGAAGUCAGAGCAGUAAUUCGCAGAUACCGUAUGGGUACUGAACACACCACGUUCUUCAAGGUUUAUAUACCUCAGGGUGCUUUACUCUCUCCUUCUCGUCACUGUCCGGCCAUUCAAUCACGGCACUCUGAGUGGCUUGCAUCUAUUCUAUUGAGAAUCGCAUUCCGCCUCUUCUUUUUGGGUGAAUCCUGUCUGCUUUUCACAGAUAUUGUACGACUACAAGUCUGAAAUCUUGUGGUUUGAUUUUCUAUUUCUCUCUCUCCUAAGGCCUGUUUUUCUAUCACCCAUUUGGCUGACCCUCGAAACGACUUUGAGAGAAAAUUGGCAGUUCCAUCAGACCUUUUAUUAUCCACAUAGUCGUUGCUAUUUAUUGCUUUAAGUAAACAUGUAUUAUGUUUUUGGGCAUCUCGGCAGAUCUGCGUUAUUCAUCUGCCCCAUUUGUGCAAAACUCGGAGGCUUCUGGUCAUUGUAUCGUAUCACAGAUGGUUAAAGCGUUGGCUGCACACAUGCAUUGCACAUGCUAUUUUGAGUCUGAACCCCACCAAGGCCGGAGGGUUUUUUCGUAAUGGAGUCAGAUGAUUUACUAUUAUCUCUGAAAAACGGUUUUGCUGUGUUAAUGAUCGCGCAAUCAGAAAUUACCUAUCCUAGGACGAAAUCAAAUCAACAACCUCUGAUGGUCUACUGCCUGAGUUGCCAGGUGUCUGACUGUCUUAGGGGGAUUUGCUCCCAUAUCUUGUCCCUACGCACCUCCUACUUUGAGUCCAACUUUGAACUUUCUAGUCUCAUGUGCUAUAAUCAACUAUUCGUUAUCAGAUGAUUUAGGUUAUCGUAGGUGUCUAAUAGACUAUGACUACUAUAAUUCAUUACGUUGUGUGCUCACUUAGAGUCGUCAAAACAAACAUGCCUAUUUGUGGUCCAGUUCUUCAAAGCAGAAUUGUAGUAUAAAUUUGUAACUUAUCCGUACCUUUGCAUCCUGAUAUAAGUACACCUUGCGGUGUUGAGUGGAAUUCCCAUGGUUAAUUUAGAUGUUGAUGUGUAUGAAUCAAUUUCGACAAUGUCUUAUAAUCCCCAGCAUACAAAUGCACUUAACUAUCUUUCCAUUCGAAAAGAUCAGUUAAACGUGCCAGUAGACAUUGCAUGAACUUCGAUACCUGCUGUACGCUUUCGGCAUGUUGCUAAUCGCUCAUCGGUUGAGUUUGCAGUUGGGUCAUAUUUCGCCUCUGAACACAACUUAGCUUUAUAUUUUCCACCUACUUUAAUUGCUCACUUUUACGCAUGCUACCAGAGGAAUGCAGAGCAGCUUUCAGCCGAAUGCAGCUCUGUGUUCGUCGACCUAACAGCUUACAAAAUGAAGCAGAAAACAAGGCAUGGGAAGACCUGGAGUAUAUUUGAAUAUGUUGUACUGUUGAGCAAGCGCUGAUUUCCAACAUGAGGGUGGUGUCAUCCGCCCAAUCAGAAAACAAGCCAGCCACUUACAGAGGUCGGCAAAUUCAAACUGGCAGACCUUCCGAAGCCUUGAUCAACACCGUUGUGCGCAGCUGUUUUAAAGACAGGGAUCCAAAUGCCCAUGAUCGAAUGAAUCUUUGGCAUUUGCAUUUGCAGGAAAAAUAUAACACUCAUAUUGUGAUUUUGUUCGAAGUUGGGAUCGUUACGAUAUCACCGGCGGAUGUUUUACGAUGUAGAUUAUGACUUGUUAGUUUAUGAACAUGAAAUGGAGAGUGUAGUUCGCAUUUUGUCGAAACUGUCGGCAAAUGCGACUUCCGAGAUGCGUCUCCUUGAAUCCCGAUCUUCCUAUGGGAUGCCGAAGUUAGGAUUUCUGUGUGGCAAUGAUCCACUCUGGAGGCAGCGUGACAAACCAUGCGCGGCAUUGAACGGAAGCUACGUUGUAUGCGACUCCAUGCAAUCUACUGCAGAUCUAAUCAAGCCCUGUCGAUAUUACGCCGAUUUCUUCUGGAUGAGGAAGACGCAGAACGGUAGAAUUAGAGUCUGCACACUUCGCACUACAUAUGCUCAGGAAGAUGUGUUGCAAUCGGAGUACAGGCCACUGGAAGGGACAUUGUUUCGAACUGUCCGGAACUUCGAUCAAUAUGUUGUAGGCACGUAUGGAUCCUCCAGUUCAUUGUGUGUGCCCAAAUCAGGCAGACUAAGCUAAACUGCGGAAUUGUCUGAGUUCAUUUUGAAUGAUGAUCUUCUCUGUUCGGACUUUGCAGUGCCGUGUGCGUACAUCGACGUGGAUCCUCCACAUGUCCGCACACUUACCGACGGCAGACGUACGAUCCAACUUGGAUUGCACUACUUGAUUUUUCAAUGAAAAUAUAACAAUUGCCAGUGAUCAGUCCAACAAAUCAGACCAAUCAGGCGCAACCCUGCUGCCUACAAUACCAAAGAUUCUUUCUCAUUCGUAGAUGUGUUGAUGAAUCAAAAUUUGCUGAAUAAGCACAUGAUUUCGAUUGACGUGCAGAGCCAUUUUACAGGCGUGCCCCUGAAUGAAAUCACUGACAUACUCUGUGAGCAUGGGGCUGUAACAUGUCUGGACAACUGCGGGAACUACUACAGAUAUGCACGAAGAAUGCGCAGUUCAUUUUAAGCGAGAAGUUGUAUGGUUAGAUCAAGGGCGUAGCUGUGGGCAGUCGAUCGGGACAGAUCCUUGCGGAUAUUUUUGCGUCAAAUAUCGAACAAAACUUAGCUCAAAACUUACAGUAAACCGCAUUAUAUAGGCGAUAUGUGGAUGACAUUUUCACCAAUGUCGAAAAUCCAAGGGACGAAGAAUUACUUCUACAGACCACGAAAAAAAACACAUGCAAAUAUCACAUUUACGAUCGUACAUAAGAUCGAACAUGACACUGCCUUUCUUAGACGUUCAUGUACGUAGGCGAACAGAUUGUUCCAUUCAGAGACCCAUCUACCGAAAAACCAUCUGGAAAGGACAGGAUACGCCCUUCUUAAGUUUUUUUGCGAUUCAGAGAAAACGGAAAUUGGUUUCGUGCCUUUUCAAUAGAGCCAGUAGUAUCUCUUCCUCGGGUAAGAUCGAGGAUGAAUUCAGUUCACCAAAGGACGUUUUUGUUGGGAAUGUGUAACCAGAGAAGUUCAUGGAUAAGUAGUGUCAUUAACAUAAGACAGAAUUCAACGUCCGUACACAGGGAGGGACAGACUUCAGAUGUGGAAGCUGGUCAGUCGACUGCUGCGUCCCAUCAGCACAAUUCGUAUGGUCGUCCACCUAUCGCUUUCCUAGCAUAUCUUAUGCCACUGCAGUGAUGCGAUCAUGAGUGCUUUGGCGUAUACGAUUUCAGGACUCAGUCAAAUGGCAAUAAGGAGGCGCAGGAGGAGAGUGGAAACGAUGCGAACAGACACUCUGUAAAUAAACAAGCAGUGUUCUGAGUCUUGAGAGGACUGAGGGGGAUCGCCUAGUACAGCAUCAUCUGUUAGAUUUGCUAUUUGGGGAGUGUUGUCGCCAGUGUCUCCGGCUCCGACCAACUCGGUAAUCAUGCCCUUUCCGGAUUGGUGUAUUAAGUUCGCGGAUAAUAACUUGAAUUCUUAAUCGGCGGACAGUAACAUGAGAUGUAGCGAGAUGAAGCGAGAGUAUAAUUUGGUCCUAAAGAAGUUUAAAAUUGCGAAAUUUUUAUGACAGUGUAAUGCACAUUCAUAAGGCAUUGCAUCAGUACGUCUACUAAUGCCACUCAUAAACUUUAUAACUAGGUCGGAGAAACUGGGAGAUCAUUCCGAAAGGGAAUAACUGAGCACGCGGCAGCAGUGAGGCGAGUAGGCGCCAGCUCCUAGAUGGCGGCUCACUGAACGGAACCCGACCAUAUUUUCAAGUUUCAAGAGGCCAAAAUCCUCCCAAAGGGUGACAACCGCGUGAGUUGUGAGCUGCUCGAGUCAUGCUUCUCAGGCCCUCAAUCCAGCAACAAGCGCAAUGUCCUCCUGUUACUAUAUCCAGUAUUGAGAUAUUCCCUAGGUAGGGGAAUCACUCACGUAGAGAGGACGCGGGCAAACAAUAAUCCAAGUGACAACGAGCCACACUGCCCAGCAAUCGUAGCACCAGCAUCCAACAGGGAUGAUGAAAUCGCGGCUAUUGUCUACUCGGACGCGGACUGACAAACCAUCAUAUAUACUAUAAAUUCUGCACUCCUUGUGCAACCAAUACCCUUAUCUGCCACUGCGUCUAAUGAUUGGUCCGAGAGAGAAUAAGAAAUGUCAGACCAAUAAAUAUCUUGUUCCAGUGGCCGCAUCUUCGUCUUUCAUGAUGGAUGUACGCUGGCGCUCCAGGCACGCAUCCCACCGCCUUAGGGAGACGAAUUCGCCAUUGAUGAAGUAGGCUGGUGCGUGAUGAGCAUGUGCAGUUACAUACAAUACGGGUACGAAAUGAUGGCAGCUGUUGAAGAGGUGAUGGUGGUUGAUGAUGAUGAUGAAGCUGAUGAUGGUGAUGAUGAUGAUGAUGAUGAGGAGGAGGAGGAGGAGGAGGAGGAGGAUGAAGGUGCUGGUGCUGGUGGUAGUGGAGACUCUGGUAGAGUGGUUUCUGGUGGUGUUGGUUGUUGGGGCGUUUUGAGGAUGUGCGAUUUUCUUUUGGUUUAUGGACAUUGGGGUGAACCUUGCUGUCGUGCAUUCGAAGAAUUAAUGUUCGAAUACAAGAGGGUAGGUCUCCUGCUUGUGAUGCUGACCUGUAACCGUGUAAGGAAAAUGAAUUGGUAAGUCUGGUGAGGGAGCAGGUAUAGAGUUGUCUUCAGACGUAUCGAUCAGAAGAGGUCGGCCACCUAGGCAGAAAUGAGCCACCUUGCAAUUCAUAAACACCGUUGACUACAAGGAAGAGCUGCACCACUAACUCUAGACAAAGUGUAAUAUAGGCUCUGGCUCUGCUAUAAACCUGUAUAAAUAUGUCAGUCGGAGAACACUUUGCCAAAUCAUGUAGCAAUAGUGCAUGUUUUUAAAUCAUUCAAUUAAAAAAGUCCACAGAGGAAGUCAAUAAUGAGAAUUCUAUGACAUUUUUCAACGAAGAAAAUUCAAAUAAUGUACAGUAAUGCAUUUUAAUCGUUAAAGACAAUCGUAGAUUUGAAAGGGCAUUGUUCUAGAUCUUUGUAAAAACUCGUACUUAUUCUCACUCCUUUAUAACUUUUAUGCGCAUUUCUUCCGGAAAUGAAAACCAAAAGACUUUCCUAAUAUCUAUCUCAUUGAUGAAAAUACACAAACAUGUUUAUACAGCAACUAGAUCUGCCAUAAGGUGAGAUGAUUCACUUAUAAAGCAACAACUAGAUUUACCUAUUAAACAUAAGUAACGACAAGUAGGGGAUGGCAAUGCUCCAUUCCACUUUAUCCCCAUUCCUCCACGUCCUCUGCGGUCAACAGUAGCCUCACGCAAACACUGCUAAACCCACCCAUAAUUGAAAACAAGCAUGCACAGCAGAAUUUAUUGGGUUGUAGUUGAAAAGCCGUCACGAAAUUUGUUGGCCCCAAUAAAUUAUGCUGUGCAUGCUUGUUUUCAAUUCAUACCGGGGAAAAAAUGCUUCAAAUUUCUCAAGCACCACCCAUAAUUCUUGUGUGUCACCACCCUACUGACUGCCAGGAUGGUUUUCUCGAGUGGCGUAAAAUUAGCCGAUUUGAAUGCCAAAGUGUGUAACAAGCGAUGGCUCAUCUCUGAACUACCCCUCCACCCGACGCAUCUGGCAUGUCAUCUAUUCAUCCUAAGCUCCGAACUCCUCCAUUUGCACCUUGGUGUGUCGAUAGCGUUCGCCAGAAUUUGCAACGCCCUGUGGUGGACCCCUUCACAUCCUGUCGCGUCCAUGGCAGCAGUUGUCUCUUUCGUGUGUGGCAACCGCUCUGUCAUGAGGAUUUCAAUCAAUUGCUUCAAAGUACACCAUCCUAACUGUCCUUCGUCACAUCGAAGAGGCCAACCCUUGUCACACGUCACGGGUCCUUCUGCAAUUUACCCGACUCCAUUAGCUUAUGAUCAUCUUCAGUCAAAAACCCCCACCCAACGCGCAUUGGUGGUCGACUCUGUUUUCUUAACCACUUUCAACUUCUAUUAUGCAUUAGCUAUUUCUUCUUCACUUCCAUCCUUUACUUCUAAACUCUUUUUUCCCCGAAGGAUGAGCAUUGCCAUGACACAGUUCGUCUUGUGUUAUUGUGUUAAAAGGCUUAUAUAAAGGUAGGCUGGACUUUCAUUUUGAUGGCCGUGGUACUGUCAGUCGUAUAUCCAGAAGAAUGUGUAAAAUUAAUUUUGCUUCAUUUUGUCAAAACCCCAACUUGCCCCUCGCUCCCGUCCUGACCCUUCGCAUGUGCUGUCGUGAAGAAGUGCGUGUUGGCGACACGGUAGGUAAUUCACGAUGCGUGAUACCACCUGACUUAUCUCUUCUAUGGUUCCCACUGUCUUUGGAUGUCAUGGCAUUUGGUGCCUGAAUAGAUGGCUCAACAAUUUUGUCUUGAUCUAUGAGUAUCAAUUAAUGCAGGUCAUUGUUGACGCAUGAGGUUUUGUUCUCUGACUUCGCUUCCUUUGUGUUUCUUAUGCAGGUCUGGCAGCACACCUGCAGUCUAUUCGGAGGCAGAUUCGAUUUCUGUGUAG